AUGAAGAUGUUCCGUCUUUCCGCACUCCUCGCCCUGUCCCUCGGCGGCCUAUCACUUGCCAGAGAGUAUGGACAGUGGGGUGUCUAUGUAUACAGCGACCGAAACUGCGAGCACCAGCUUGGCCAGUGGCGAGAUGAUCAGCUGCCAGAAUGCAUCAGCCUCGACGGCUAUCCCGAUGUUCUCGGCAUCAGAACCGACAUCCAGCACCUGGGCCCUGUCGAAUGCGGGUGGAAUGUCGUGACUUUUGAUAAUCCCACUUGCAGUGGCGAGGGUAGAGAUAUUAGACUGAAUGACGUCUGCGUUGACACCCCGUUCUUUGGAGAUUUCAAGAAGCCUGUCAAGAGCUUCAUCGUUGGCAAAUUUCCCCUUUGCGACUAG